GAAAUGCGAGCGCGGAAGAGCCUGUUGCUGAAUCACCGCGCGGUCGCCUCGCAGUCCGCGAUGUGUGGUUUGUUUUGGUUUAUAUAAUGCCCUAUUGGAGGCAACGUGGGGAUGGAGCGCGUUAUUCAUGCAUCUUUCGCUCCUUACUUCGGCGAGUCAUCGGACGCCUUCUCUAGAACCUCAUGUUGUGGAGUUCAAGAGAGCUCCUGACGUAGUAGUACCUGGCAAGCGCUGGUCGCAUGCCAAGAAGACGACACUCCUUUGGCAACGACGGGUUUUUACGUUUGCUCCUUCCUUUCGCGUCGGGUCGCUCUUAAGGCGGAGUGCUUUCAUUUCACCCACUCGGCGUCGUUUGAAUAACUUUUUUAUCAUGGGCCAGCAACACAGCGUUUUCACGGAGGAAGAGCUGGACGAUUAUCAGGAGCUGACUUUCUUCACGAAGAGCGAGAUAAUCGUAGCGUACGAGAGGUUCAAGCAGCUGGCACCGGAUGUGGUGUCCAAGGACCGAAAUGCCAAACUGCCGAUGGACAAGAUCCUCAACAUGCCCGAGCUAGGAGUGAAUCCGUUCCGAGACCGGAUAUGCAAGGUCUUCUCGUCGAGCAACGACGGCCACAUGACGUUCGAGGACUUCCUGGACAUGAUGUCUGUCUUCAGCCACAAGGCACCACGAAGCGUGAAGACCGAAUAUGCUUUCCAAAUCUUCGACUUCAACGAGGACGACAUGAUAUCUACCGAGGACCUAAAGCAAGUCAUCGGUCGACUGACACAGCGAGGCGGGCAGGUCUUUGCCGACUACGAGGUCAAGCAGCUGGUCGAAAAUAUACUCAAGGAGGCUGAUUUGGACGAAGACAGACUCCUAGCAUUUGCGGAAUUCGAACACGCCAUCUCGAAAGCACCCGACUUCAUGAACUCAUUCAGGAUCAACUUGUGAGUGGAGUUGUGCCCAGCGAGAAGUGGGGAGCAGCUUGCCGAGCUUACAACAGAGUAUUUCAACAAACUGCCAAAGAGUUUCUUCCGUGGACAUCACAUCUUCCUGCGGCAUUUACGUUUCACCGGUACUUCCGAAAUGUUCCUCGUUCGGGCAUUUUCAGCUCUCCUGAUUUUGGAGGCCAUGUUUACAACUUUUUUUUUUAGAGCAGACUCAUUUACAGUUUCAUGCCGCGAGCGUUUCGAUUACGUGAAGAAAAGAAACUACUCGUUCAACCCGGAAGUUGUAAAAAUUUAGCUCUAGCAAACCAUUUCGGCUGCAUGUUGAAGCACUUACAACAAGCGGUCCUUACAAAGGGUUGCAGUUCUUCAAGCUCCCGAUUGGUUGGGACAGGAGCUUAAUCUUCAACUGUGGCUAAUGUUGGCUCAUAGCAGUCUAUGUUUGUCAAGUUAUCUAAAUUGUACGGUUGCAUUACGUGAAAGUAUGGCGUGCAGGGCAGGCUGUCUGAGUGAAAAAUGGGGCGCUGUCGCACGUUCAAGCCGGUCUUCGAAUAGCGUAUUACAAUGAAUCUUGUGAUGCUGCAAUACGCACGUGAGGUUUGGGUUUUAAGAUGCAGUGUUCAGGCCUCAUUUCCAGCGUUUUUUCAGACCUGUAUAUGUUGCACUGCAUAUGUGAAACCAUUCAGGGAAGACGCGAGCUUCCUCAGAGUAUAUCAUAAAAGAUGCGGGCGUAUUUGGCAUGAAAUGUCUGAUGUAAGCAACUCAGAGCAUUGCUUGAACCGCAGUACUUCACAGCUGCAAUGGCAGCCACAAACUGAAUAUGGCUAAGGCUAAUCCUACAGACAGGGUAGUUUUCAUGCUAGUGUACUGAGGUUUGACAAGUUUUGAUGGCACGCCUGCCACAAUGCAAUGACAUCCAGUUGUAAUUAAAUGUGUGUUUAAAAGUAACCAACUAUGAAUCUCCAACCAGAGCAUUUGUUCAUAAAUUAGUAAUCGCAGUUAUGACUUCUUUUUUUUAAUGCUAGCAACAGUGUGUUGCCAAGCCAUGUGUUUGAUUUUCCUUGUGCCUGAAAGUGACAUAUGGUAGAUUGAAUAGAAGCGAAAAUAAUUUUAUGGCCUGGCUUAACAGAUUAUCUAAGUAUGUACAACUGUGACAGUCGUAUAGCUACGUACGACUUCCUGUACAUUUAUAAACGAGUACAUUAUGUUACCUUGUACGUAUCCCAUGUAGAAGAUUUUCUGUGGAGUGGUUGUAUUGAUAACACGUGUGGUUUGAAUGUAGUACUGUUCGGAGGCUCUAUGAAAAAAAAAUAUUGUUUUGUAGACGGUGCAGUGUCUGUAUAGUGAUUGCUCACAUAUUCAGUUGCUCAUUAUUUAAUCCCAUAGCAUUUUCAGAGCUGUUUAUUGACUUAUUUUUAUUUAUAAUGACUGCAUAUUUUUGUGCAGUGUGCCUUAAAAAAGUGCCUUCAUACUUAAACUGUGCUGCAGAGUGUCACAAAAUGUUUGACGGUUUUUUAGUACAAUUUCGGGUGCAAUUCUUUGCAGUAAUGAAGUCUUGUACCAAGCAAAGUAUAUUUAAAAGUGUACAACCUAUUUCAAGUUUAUUAAUAGCUUGAGUUGCAAUAGUGCUAUAUGACUAGCAUGUAUGCAAUGAAAAAAAAAAAAGGUGCCUCUGGCUUUUUGGUAACAUAAAUGUUCCAUGUAAUGAAAUACAUGUAAAAAAUGUUCACAUUAGUUCACUACACAUUGUUGGAAUUUGGUUUCUUUAAAUUUGUAAAUUUGUGAACAGUAUCAAGGAUGUGUUGACAUGAAUUUUGCAUUAGGUCACACAUUGUGAUAGAAGCUUGCUAAAAUAAAGACUCAUCUAACCAGAUUUUAUUCUGAUGUUUUUGUGAACUGCUGCAAAAGGUGAACUCUAACUUUUAUAUCUGAAAAUCCGUCCAGACUUUUGGGCUAGCUUGUCAAUGCUGAUGCUGGGACCAUAGCAUUUCAAGUGACUCAAACAUAGAUAAACAGAAAAAUACUCAAAACCUAUUGACAAUAAUGUUGAGCUGAAAGUUAGCUUGUAGUCAGAGUAUCUGUUCGCAAUGCUAGAGCGCUAUGGUUGAAGAUGUGUUUACAACCAUAUUAAUGUGAAAGUUUUUCACGAAACAUCAGGGGUUGAUUUUUGUAGGCCUUGAGAUUUUGUUCGCCGUAUUGUUUGAAGUAUUAUGUUAUGCUCAUUUAUUACCAAUGGUCAAGGCAUUAUCUUUUGCUCAUUGAUUGUCACUGAAUGCAACAGAAUGAAGGCAUUUGUGGCACAUCACUUUGGUUAUUCUCGAGAGUGCAGUUCUAGCCAGAGUUUCUUGCACAAGCGUGCGACUUUCUUGUAGUACGUCGUUUUGGCGUUUUGUGCAUUAAAAAAAAAACACUGUCAUCAUGACUGUUGAAUUGUACUGGUCUAGAAAAAGAAUUCUUGAUGUCACAUCUCAAACCAGACGAAGAAGCUCACACAAAUCAGUCGUGUGCGUCGAUUUUACAAUACGCCUUUUAUCAUGUAUAAUAUACAGGUUAAUAACAACAUGUACAUCGGGAAAAAAUAUCCGAUGCAUAAAAGGUAUAUGCACAUUCUCAAAGCGACACGCUGUAACUGCCAUAUAUGUAUGUAUGCCCAACAAUAAAGGUACAAUCUUCUUUCCUAA